UACCGGUGACAACAGACACACACUGACAACCCCCCCGGUUGGCCUCAGUUCUGGGGAGUGUGGAGAUCUGGGCAGUCCAAGCACCCAGGUUGACCCCUGAGCUCCGCGCUCGCUCCAAGGAUACCCUCUGAAGGUGAGGCAGCUGGGACGUCCGCGCAGGGUUUUAGCAUCGCGCCGGCCCCAUCCUUAAACGCCAUGUCCCGAUUCAGCACCCUGUCGGCCAGAGAGCGGAAGAUGCAGGCGGCCGCUAUCUGUCGAGAGGUCCAGGGCUCCAACGGAGACACCAUGGAUUUGGGGAAGAAGCUGUGCACCCCGAAAGACAUCAUGCUGGAGGAGCUCUCCCUGUUGUCCAACAGGGGGUCCCGCCUCUUCAAGAUGCGACAGAGGAGGUCGGACAAAUACACCUUCGAGAGCAUACAGAACGAAGCCAACGUGCAGCUGAACAACGACGUCCAAGCUCAGAACAACGGAACGGCGGGCGAGGGGAAUGACGCGGAAGCCAAGACGCCCCCCAACACCCCAGAUCCGAGGAACUCCGCAAACCCGGAAUCCAUCGCCCCAGGCUACGGGGAGCCCUUGAAGGACAUCCCCUCCGAGAAGUUCAACACCACGGCCGUCCCCAAAUCCUACCACUCCCCUUGGGAACAGGCCAUCAUCGAUGACCCCACCCUGGCUGAAACGCUCAAUGUGAAAAUGCCAGUACCUGAACCCAAGCCAGAGGGCCCUGACUUCAAGAGCUUUAACAGGGUUGCCACUCCGUUCGGAGGUUUCGAUAAAGCCCCCAGGGGGAUAACGUUCAAGCUCCCCGAGGUGGACCUGAACCCCCCCAAAUACCCUGAGCUCCAGGACCCGGCGUCCAAGCGGCCCAGCUUCAACAGGACGGCCCAGGGCUGGAUUUCCGACGGCGCCCCCCUCGUGCUCCCCAGCGUGGGGCUGGAGCCGGUGGACGUCCCGGAGUCGGAUGACCUCUGAGCGGCCACCACCGCCAUCGCCAUCGCCAUCGCCGCCGCCGCCAUCUACGCCGAUGACCUGACAGGGGCGUGAUUGAUUCAAACAGACAGACGGCUCACGCGAAAUGUGUCGCCUCACACCAAAAGCUCCCCCCCUCCCCCUCUUCCUCCCCCCCCACCCCCCACCCCACCCCCACCCCCCGCUGUGGUGCAGUCAGAGCAGAGGCACGCCAUUGUUGAUGCACACCAGAGCGGACAGACAGCUUCCAUUUUAAAGGGGGGGGUGGGGGAGGGUGAGAGCUACUGUGCCACACUUUCUACUUUAACUUUCGCCGCAGCCAUAUCAGAAUUGUGCCAUGAAUUAUAAAUGAUAAAUUACACACAUUCAAUUUAAAAUAAAAUUUAAAAAAACCAGUGGGGCCUUCAGCUGAAAUGUGCUGACACAUUUACUUCACUUUUUCGGAAACUGGACAAAUAUUAGAGGUUCAGCAGCUCUUAAAUUUAAAGUUUAUUUUUAUCCAACUCAACUUCCCCAUGUGAAAAUAAGGUAUUCCUGAAUUUAAACGCACAUGUAAUGUAUGUAUAAACAACUUAACUGAUAUUUGUGACUCAGUUAAGGUAACCCACACUGGAGUAGGACUGAAUUGCCCCAACAUGUUCUUUUGUAAAUAACAGUAAAGUGCCUGAGUUGUGAGGCCAAUACACUAUUUUACCAAUUCACUUUUCAUGUAUAAAACAAAAAUGGAAUGUCUCUUCAAUUUAUAAAGAAUUUGUGUGAAUAUUUUGAUGCUGUUAAUUAUUAUUUUUUUGCUUCAUGUUUAAUGUAACUAAGGUCUGUAUACAUAAGGUGACUUUAAAUGUGCUACAAGAAGGUGUUUUAUUGUACCAUAAAAAUAGAUAUUUAAUAUUAUACUGUACAUGGGAAUGGACUGAAAGAUGGAUUCAAAAUGCUGUCACACGAAUAUACAUAGUCAGAAAUGUUGACCAUUUUAAAUCCACAGCUAUUUAAUUUGCAUUUAUAGUAGCCUGUAGCGUUUACUGGUAUUUGGUGUGGAAAUCUGCCAUGAGAGUUGAUCCUUGCUGCUUGACAGUUUCCAUUUGUAUCCCGGGAACAGUUAUGCCAGCCACCGAACUGCCCUGUGAACCCCGCAUUAAUCAACCGCUAUUGGCAAUAAAUAGCUUCAUGUCACA